AUGAUCGUAUUUCUUGCCUGCACUCUUCAACUGCUGAGCAUUAUAUAUUCUGGAAUGUCGUUUUUCAAAAGCCUCUCUCCCACAUCCAAGAAGAUUGUAUUUGAUGUAACGCUGUUGGCAUUAUCUCAAGUUGCACUCUACUACGGAGUAAAAUGGGUUAUAUCAUCGCUUGACCCAAUGAGAAAUAAGCGGGCGGAUUCCAAAUCCAAGAGCAAUAAAAUCAUGAGUAAACUAGGACUACACGACAUGAAGCUCAAUGAGCAUGAAGAGAUUAUUUCUGGUGAAAUUGUCUGGCCAGAGGAUCUCACAGUAGGGUUUGAAGAUAUUGGAGGCUUGGAACCCAUCAUCGACUCGCUCAAGGAGACUGUUAUUUAUCCACUAGUAUAUCCCGAGCUAUUCGAAUCGACGUCCUCUCUUUUUGGUCCACCAAAAGGAGUGUUGCUAUAUGGACCUCCCGGAUGUGGUAAAACUAUGCUGGCAAAAGCUCUUGCAAAAGAAUCAGGUGCAUGCUUUAUCAAUUUGCAUGUUUCAACCUUGACCGAGAAAUGGUUUGGAGAAUCUCAAAAACUCGUCAAUGCAUUGUUUUCAAUCGCAAAAAAACUACAGCCUACUAUUGUGUUUAUUGAUGAAAUUGAUGCAUUUCUUCGUGAACGUCGUAGCAAUGAUCACGAAGCAACAUCUAUGAUGAAAUCAGAGUUUAUGACACUUUGGGAUGGGCUGGCUUCAGGAGAAAAUGGCAGAGUAAUCAUUCUUGGUGCAACGAAUCGACCUACUGAUCUGGACAAGGCAAUUCUACGUCGCAUGCCAAAACGGUUUGCUAUACAGCUACCUAAUGCUUCACAGCGAUCAAAGGUCCUUCAGCUGUUGCUGAAACGGAUUAAUCUCGAUCCCUUGUUCAACUUUGAAGACCUUGUUUCGCAAACUCAUGGAUAUUCUUGUAGCGACUUGAAAGAACUGUGUCGAAAUGCAGUCAUGGUUCCUGUUCGUGAAUCCAUCAAAACCAUCAAAGGGGAUUUCAAAAAUGCCGACUUGAGGACUACCAAGAUUCGCCCAGUAACAGUGUCGGAUUUCUUUGCACACGACACCAAUCUAUUUGAUAGUGCAGUGUUUCCCGAUUCAGUGGAUUUAGACUGAUUUUAUAUCAUUCUAUCUUAUCGAUAUAUACUUUCGUUUAUUUCACAAUAUUGGAUAAUCUUCCGUAAGGACUUUUUCGAUUGCGUCUUGUUCAUGGCAAUUGAAUAGUGAUGUGGACCCAU